CUGGGAACAAGCAGUGCGAACACAACUUGUCGACAGCUUGUGAACAGAUUUGUAACAACUUGCAUUGUUUACAGACUUGUAACAACUUGUGCGAUAGCCUGUUCGCAGUGAUUAUAUCACGCCACAAUAUUUGGACUUCAUGAAGUACCUCGUAGAAUUGAUCAACAAAAAAAAAGCGUCGCUUUCAAAUUUCAAAUGGAAGAGGAUGGCAUUUCAAAAUCAAACACUCCAAAAGAACGAUGGCAACUUUUACGAAUGUUUAUUAAAAAUCGAAACUUAAAUGUCCAACAUAAACGUAGUCAUGCGUUCGGUCUAUUUACGUCGUGUAAAAUAACAGAUUUAAGGGAAGAGGGUUUUGAAAAUUUUGAUGACCGCUGCGAGGCGAAAGAUGAUUAUGAAUGGCUUGAGUAUACUUGUGAACAUUUUACUAGUUGUCGACUUGCUGUUAGGUUGGUGUAUAAAAUAGGCAGGCAGGCAGAUAUUUAUACUUAGCUUAUUGCAUUCAGUAUGUUUUGCUCUGACAUAAUCGGGCUAAUUUAUCUUCACAACAAUUGUUAUAAACAACAGGUAUUAACCUUAUUAAAGCUGCAAUGUGCCCUAAUGCUGUCUGAUUUGUGAUUUUCAUUGGAAAAUAUAUUCAUUAUAACGCCAAAGAUUUAUGCCAGCCAGUGCUUAAUUUACGGACAAACUGCUAUUAAAUUAGGCUUGUUGGUUUCCGUGACCAGACAAAUAAAGAAAAUAUCUUUUUGCAUGCAUAUACAUAUAGUAUUGUUUAAUUGAGAAUGACAAGUAGACAGAUUUAGAUCGAGGAUGUGGACGUUGAAGAUGACGUGAAAAUGGCAUGUGUGCCCAUGUAUGGAUAUGCCACGCCAUUUUCAUGUCGCCUUUGACAUCCACAGGGGAGGAGGGGGCGGCACGAUUUGUAUACUUAAUUAAUUAGUGUAGAUGAGCAUGUUCUGACUUGCACUUUGCAUGUUUCUGCAAAUGUUUGAUUUUGUAACAUGUAGGCAAAGAGUUCGAGCAGUAAAUUGGAAUGAUGCAACUGGUUUUGAUAACACUGGAAAUAUUUGUAAGUGAAAUUGUGAAUUAUCGAUAUGUUUAAUUGCCAUAUUUAUACUUAGAAAUGCCACCCUCAAUGAAGUGCAACCUCCAGUUAAAAGUAGUAUGUGUGUAUGACUGAGCUUAAUUUGAUCCAAGCAUCCUCAGACAGAAUUGUUCAAGAAGCCAAAUUAAAAACAAUGUCACAGUGCAUUUAAGGCCUGUUUCAAACAUCGCAUUUCUCGUGUGCCGAACGCAUUAUAAACGAUAGAUAAUGAGGCAUUUCAGCUGAUUAUCUAUUGUUUUUAAUGCGUUCAGAGUGCAUGAGGCCUUAAUCAACUUUGCAAUUUUUUCUCCUGUAUUUUUAACUCAUUGAGUGGAUGCACUUGAUCAUCCCUUAUUUAUCAGCAAAAUCUUUAGACAGAGUAAAAUAAUAAAGUAAAGCACCUCAGGGGGCAUUCCAUUUAAAAGAUGAAUUGGCAGAUUAGUCUGACUAAUCCAUUGGGUGGCAGCAUGCACUCUCCCAAUGACAACUAAAAUCAUCUGGCAUUAAUUUCAGGUGUAUGGCCUUCUGAAGAAAUCUUGUCAUACCUCUGCAUCAAGAAAUCCAAAGACUUUAGGUAACUGUAGAAUUUAUGCACUUUGACAUCAUCUAUGAUUUAUCCUAUUGCAAUAUAUUAUCAGGCUUAAUUCCAAGUGUAUACUGUACCGGUCUUCUCAAUUUUUUCAGUGAGAAAACAGUUUGUGAACUUGGUGCUGGCAUGACAGGACUUGCUGGCAUGAUGGUACUGUAGAUUAUUAAGCAUCGGGCAGAUUUUCAGUGGGUGCAGGGAGGGUGAUAAUUUCAGGCUAAACCAGUGAAAUAUCUAAUUGGUGAGCGUGGAUCGUGGAUCAUCUUUUCUUAUAAUAUACCAAUUUAUUACAUGAAUGUAUAGGUUGCAAUUGCAUCUGACGUACAAGAAGUUUUGAUAACAGAUGGAAAUAUGGAUGGUGUGACGAGUAUCCUAAAGUAUAUAUUUAAUAUUUUGUUCUCCCGAAAAAAUUAUGAUAUUAAAAUUAUGAUUAUAAAGAGAAAAUCUUGACCUUGCGUGUUCAGUUGCUUCAAAUUAUUACCUUAACAACAAUUAAAGAUCUUCAAGAAAUCAAUAAGGCAAAUAAAAGAAGAUUUGGGAAAAGUGAAGUGCACAUCAGGUGAAUAAUGCUAGUGUUUUAUCUACCUAUCAGAGCCUGAAAUAAUUUUUAAAUUUGUCCGGCAAAACUUCCAAGCAAAAUAAAAUUUGACCGGAAAUUUUCAAAUUUGGUCGGAAAUUUUUUAGUUUAGUUUGAUCGCCUCCGUUGAGUAAAUUAUGUCAAGCAUGCAGUAAAUCACUCUACUUGUAACUCAUGCACUGUCACACAUUUAAGUUAACUAAACUUUGUUUAAAGCAUAUUCUGAUCGAAGAAACUUUGAUAACUUUCCAGUUGAUUACUCUAUAUAAGACUAGUAUAGAUAAUCUAAGACUAUAGAUACUGCACUCACUGUGCUGAGCGCCGACCCGAUAAUUAAAAAAAAACAGAUUAUCAUUUUUUUCAACAUUUGUCCGGACGAAACUUCCGAUCAUUUCAGCAUUUGGUCGGAAAACUGGAAUUUGGUCGGAAAACCGCCGGCCGUUAUUUCAGGCUCUGCCUAUUGUACGUCUUACCAUCUGUGUCAUUCUGCAAAUAGACAGAAACAACACAAGUAGCUUUACUUGUUUGUGUUUUGUUAGGCAACUAAGAUGGGACAUCAAGGAAGACUACAAAGAUUUCGAAAAUUACUUUGAUUAUGUGAUUUGUGCUGACUGGUUAGUAAAUUAGACGUACUUUACAUUGCAAAAUGUUUGGUACGGCAUGGCUAAAAGUUAGGCACUUGUAACGCCCAUUUUGGGCAUGGCUAAGUUUCACAGCUUCUUAAUUAAAAUUUUAUUGAUCUUGUAAGAGACUAUCGCCUGUAUUCUACAUGCUCACUCGCACUCAAAGAGUGGAGGUUCAAUCUGAGCUUCCCUUGAGCGUCAGUGUUGUUUUUGAAUAGCUGGAGGGCUAAUGUCGUACCUUACUAUGUGACUACUCACCUUCCAGCUAUUCAAAAACAGCAUUGGCACACAAGGGAAGCUCAAGUUGAACUUCCACUCUUUAAGUGUGAGUGAGCUUUUAGAAUACGGGCUUAAAUGUCCUAUUAUCUUAGGACAUAUAGCUGAAAUCAAGUUUAUUUUCUAAUUAGUUUGUUGUAUGAACAAGUUCAUGAAAAUCUCCUGGAUGUCAUGAGUGCUCUUUUGAAAGCUGACGUAAGCAUACUGUAGAUUGAUUCCGCGCAUGUUUCGUAAAAUUUAUUGUUGGUAGUAAAAUUGAUGAGAUUUGGUCAUAGAAUAUAUAGGGUCAGAAAUUUUCAUGAUUAUCUUUUCAGGGUAUGGUGUUAAUCGUAUCGCCUCGUCGUGGAUUUUCGGUCGAGCACUUCAUUGAGAAUGCCCAGAAAUGGUUUGCUUGUGAAUAUAUUGAAAAUUAUGACGAAUUUAUAUCGUCAGAAUACUGCAAGGUUAUAGUCAUGGCUAAUUUCUAUAAAAGCCAAUUAUGAACGAAAGCUGGAAGCUAACACGUUCUAUCUUUUAUUUUCUUUCAGGAAAAGCAACGUUUGCCUUCAUCUGAAGCUAUCAGAAACUUUCCUGCCUUAUUGAAAAUGAGAAAGAAACGCUAAGCCUGACAAACAGUCAACUGAGGGGGCCGUUCAUGAGCCAGGCCAGCACGAUGAUGAAUCAUGUCGCAAAUUUUUUUCCUGGCCAUAAACGAUCGUGUGAAUGGACUUUUAGUUACUAACUUUUAUUUGAAUGGACUAAUAGUGUGGAAUCAAAACUUGGACAUAGUAGUUAUGAUGGUGAUCAUAAUUUAUAGCUGGGUCAUGAACUCCUGGACACGUGUAAAAUACUGUGUAAAGCAAAAUAAAAAUGCACUUAGAGAAUAUUUUUGUUAAAAUGGUCAAUUCCCACUUUUCAAAAAGACGCUUAGGAGCCACCUUAAGCACAUCCUAAUUAAUGAUAUUCGAAAAUAAAUCGG